GAAACUUCAAUUUGACAGAUCAAAAUAUAAACAAAUGAAAAAUAUAGAAGUGCACGAAAUGGAAAUAUUAUGAAAGAUGCGUUGCUUGGUACUAUGUACACAUAUUCAAAUGAUGAAGAUGAACAUCCUGGCUGAUUUAGCUGCUGAAUCAAGUUCGUCUUCGGAGGAUUCAGAACAAGAGCAGAUAGAGCAUCCAAAAUGCUCUAAUUUUGUGGACACCAUUGGUCAUUUUAAAGAAGAGGAUUUCAAAUCUCACUUUCGCUUGAGUAGCACCACUUUAGAUUACUUAAUAGGAAGAUAUGAAGAAAGUGAACGAACCCUUUUUGCUACGAAGUUCGGAAAAGCCAAAAUUCCUGCUAAAAAAAUGAUGUGCAUGCAUGUAUGGUAUUUAUGUAAUACAAUUACCUACAGACAACGAGCUGUAUUGUUUGGUGUAACGAAGUCCACAGCAUGUGCAAUUGUUCGUCGGGUUGUCGCGUGGGUUAUUUUAAUAAUCCAUGAGUUUGUUAAGUGGCCAACUGGAGAUGCUUUGGAAGACACAACUCGCAAGUUUUUGCAAAGUAAACAAAUACCAGGUGUUAUUGGUGCUAUUGAUUGUACCCACAUAAAAAUCAAUGCAUCAAUAAAAGACAAACAAAUAUAUUUUGAUCGUAAACGUAAUUAUAGUGUUGUUCCACAGGCCAUUGUCGAUGCUGAUAAAAAAUUUAUUGAUAUACAUACAUAUAUCGUGGUGAACCCGGAUCACAUCAUAAUGUUCAUUGAUGUUCAUUUUAUGAUAAGCUUGAUUAUAUAUUUCCGUUAA